AGGCUCAAAUUCACGUGGACGAUUAACCCACGCUGGUCCCAGGCUCGAUCCCCGAGUUCAGCGCAAGCACGGCCAAACAACGGCGGAACAUCGAGUGAAGGGUGAAAGGCGUGGACCCCAGUUUCGUCUGAUUGGGCUCGACCGGGGUUUGAACGCCCCGAUUCAUCGAUCGCUCGCUCGUUCCGGAAAGAGAUCCGCGCUCUGUGGGCUGGGGUGACUAAUCGAGGCGCAAGAUGAGUGCGGGUGAUGCCACGGUCCAAGGCGGCGGCGGCGGCACGGCGGCCUUAUUGCGGGCGCUCAUGUCCACGGAGAACGCCAUUCGAUCCCAAGCUGAGCAAAACUAUGAGACGUUGGCCAUCGCGCAAAAGGUGACCAUGCUGUUUUCGGCCUUGACCACGGAAGGUCAGUCCGUGGGUGAGGAAGGUCGUCAAUUGGCCGCCGUCAUGUUGCGCCGUCUCAUCUCGACCGACUUUGAGGAGUUCUACCCGAAAUUGGCGCCCGACCAACAAGCUCAAUUCAAGCAAAAUCUCCUGAUGACCUUGCCCGAGGAGCCCAACAAGACCGUGCGCAAGAAGGUGGCCGACCUCGUGGCCGAAGUGGCCCGCAAUCUCAUGGACGACGACGGCAACAAUCUAUGGCCCGAGUUUCUCAAGUUCCUCUUCGAUUUGGCCAGCUCGCCCAACCCCGAACUCAAAGAAGUAGCCCUCCAUCUCUUCAGUACGGUGCCCACCGUGUUCGGCAACCAAGAGACCCAAUAUCUGGAAGUGAUCAAGCAGAUGUUGGCCACGAGCUUGAACGAUCAAACCAGUUUUGACGUGCGAUUCGCGGCGGUCAAAGCGGCCAUCAAUUACUUGCUGCUCCAUGAGAAGGAGUCCACUUUGCAAAAGAACUACGGGGACCUCUUGCUCCCCAUUCUUAACGUCACGAUGGAAUCGGUGGAGAAAGGUGACGAUGAGUCCGCUCUGAAAGCGCUCAUAGACUUGGCCGAAUCUUGUCCCAAGUACCUUCGUCCGCAACUGGAGCAGCUCUUCGUGGCUUGCAUCAAAAUCUACGCUGACAAAGAGUCCAUGGACUCGUGGCGUCAUCUGGCCUUGGAAAUCAUCGUGACCUUGGCUGAAACCGCCCCAGCCAUGGUCCGGAAGGUGGCUGGCGAGCAUUUGGCCCACGCCAUUCAAGCCACGCUUCACAUGAUGACCGAAGUGGAGGAGGAAGACGAUUGGGCCACCAGUGACGAGUUGGCCGAUGACGACAACGACAGCAAUGCCGUGGUGGCCGAAUCCGCCCUGGAUCGUUUGUCCUGCGGUCUGGGCGGGAAGACCGUGUUCCCGCACAUCUUGCAAAACACGCCUCAAAUGUUAUCGCAAGCCGACUGGAAAUUCCGACACGCCGCCCUUAUGGCCAUAUCCGCAGCCGGCGAGGGAUGUCAUAAGCAGAUGGAAUCGUUUUUGCCCCAAAUUAUGGAAGGGGUCAUGAAUUUCAUAAACGAUCCGCACCCGCGGGUUCGAUUUGCGGCUUGUAACGCCAUCGGGCAGAUGUCCACGGACUUUGCUCCCGUGUUCGAAAAGAAGUUCCACGACAAGGUCAUCCCGGGGUUACUUCAUCUUAUGGAUGACCAUGCCAAUCCCCGUGUCCAAGCUCAUGCGGGUGCUGCUUUGGUCAACUUCAGUGAAGAUUGUCCCAAGGCCAUUUUGGCUCCGUAUUUGGAGGGGAUCAUCUGCAAAUUGGAGAGCAUCUUGAGUUCCAAGUUUAAAGAGCUGGUGGAGAAAGGCAAUAAACUCGUGUUAGAGCAGAUCGUGACCACCAUCGCCUCGGUGGCAGACACGGCCGAGGAGAAAUUUGUGGCUUAUUACGACCGGUUCGUGCCCUGCUUGAAGUAUAUCAUCCAGAAUGCCAACACGCAGGAGCUCCGACUCCUCCGAGGGAAGACCAUCGAGUGCAUCUCGUUGAUAGGAUUGGCCGUGGGUGGAGAGAAGUUUAUGUCUGACGCCGGCGAAGUCAUGGAAAUGUUGCUCAAAACGCAGAAAGGAGGCACUGAAGAGAUGUCCGACGACGACCCACAAAUGUCGUACAUGAUCAGUGCUUGGGCCCGCAUCUGCAAGAUCAUGGGCCCUCGUUUCGCACCCUAUUUGCCUUUGGUCAUGGGGCCCAUCAUGAAGACGGCCUCCUUGAAGCCUGAAGUGGCUCUGCUCGACAACGAAGAGCUCGGUGGAGUUGAGAAUGAAACAGAGGAUUGGCAAUUCGUGAGUCUGGGCGAGCAGCAAAAUUUUGGAAUCAAAACAGCUGGACUGGAGGAUAAGGCCACGGCUUGCACUAUGUUGGUGUGCUACGCUCGAGAGCUCAAGGAGCACUUUGUGGAUUACGCCGAGCCCACGGUUAAACUGAUGGUGCCUAUGCUGAAGUUCUAUUUCCAUGACGGAGUUCGCUCUGCGGCCGCCGAAUCCCUGCCCUGCUUAUUGGAGUGCGCCAAGAUUCGCGGACCCCAGUACGUCCAAGAGAUGUGGUCUUACAUUUGCCCAGAACUUUUAAAGGCCAUUGACGCUGAACCUGAAACUGAUGUGUUAGCCGAACAUCUUCAAGCUCUGGCUCGUUGUGUCGAGCUCUUGGGUCUGGGUUGUCUCUCCGAGCAAGCCAUGGGCGAGUUGAUCAAGAUCAUGCUAAAGACCCUCCAGGAACACUACGAGCGUCAAGGAGAGCGCGAGAAGAAACGCAAGGACGAGGAUUACGAUGAAGGUGUGGAGGAACAGUUGGAGGAAGAGGAUGACGACGACGUGUUUGUUUUGAGCAAACUCGGCGAUCUACUUCACGCCCUCUUCUCAACCCAUAAAGAAUCCAUGAUCCCCGUGUUUGACCAGCUUCUGCCUUCCGUGGUUAAACUCCUGGACAAAUCUCAUCCGUGGUCCGAUCAUCAAUGGGGCUUGUGUAUCUUCGAUGACGUGAUCGAGUUCCUGGGACCGGCGUCCACCAAAUACAAAGACCACUUCAUCCAGCCUCUGCUUCACUACUUAGGUGACAAGCAGGCCGAAGUUCGACAGGCUGCUGCCUACGGUUGCGGUGUGCUAGGACAAUUUGGGGGUCCUGAAUACGCCCAAAUUUGUGCCACGGCUCUCCAACCCUUGAUCCAACUGAUCGAAGCCCCCAAUAGCCGGGAGGUGGAGAACGUCAACCCGACAGAGAAUGCCAUAUCUGCCGUGACCAAGAUCCUUAAGUGGAACUCGUCCGUGAUCAAUGUGGAUGAGAUCCUACCCAUCUGGUUCAACUGGUUGCCCGUCUACGAGGAUGUAGACGAGUCUCCCUUUGUGUACGGCUACUUGUGCGACCUGGUCGAGAUCAACCACCCGGUCGUGUUGGGCGCCAACAACGCUAAUCUUCCCAAGGUGGUGUCGGUCGUGGCUGAGGCUUUCUGUUGUGACGCCCUACCUCCCAAUCAUGAAGUGAAGACCAGAAUGAUUAACAUUGUCAAACAAGUCCAGACAAAUCAAGGACUCUUCCAGGCUUGUAUUGGGAGCCUUCAGGACGCCCAGAAGCAGGCCUUGAGUGAAGCCAUGUCCACGGCACAGAGCUAGUGUCUCAAGUCUCCAGCCACCAAGAACUCUAAGAACACGAAGAACGACCCGAAGAAGGGCGUGAUGCUGAUGAUGCAGAUGAAAAUGA